GGCCUUUAUUAUGCUAAGAGUAGAAAUAUUCACUUUAAAGUUUAAGUAAAAUAUCCAUGUUUGUAACAUUAUGAAUCGGAUGACAUUGACUUGUUGGUGCUUCUUAUUAAUAAUCAAGACAUAUGCAUGCCAAAACAUCACUUUGACAUUUGACCAGCUCAGCAUUGAAGAAAAUAAAACACUGACGUUGACAUGUUCUUUAAAAUCAACUCAGGCGUUUGUUAUUUUGAAUUACAAAAAAAGAACCGGUGUUCCUGUAGAUCAGAACAAUUACAUCCUCUUCAACAAUGUUAAUAAUAAUUGCACAGUUCUUCCUCAACUGGACGAUAACAUCGAAGUUCUUUCGGCCUGUUUUUGUAAAAAUGCAUUGACCUACACAUGCGUCACAAAACCCCUAACAAGACACACCAGUGGUGAUAGUUGGUUAUGCAUAGGAGCGGAUGGAGCAAAAAGCGAUAUUGUGUACACCAGCCUCAUAGUACCAACUCAAUCGGCAACAAUACUGGAAGACAUACAAGCAAAAAUAGAUACACAAGAAGGCGAUUUGGUAAAUCUUACUUGUGAGUCAUAUUUUAGUAUUCCGGCAGCAAAUAUCAGUUGGUUUCUUGACAACAAAACACCGGCUGUGUACGGCGAUGAUAAACCAAUUUCUUCUGCAAUCAAAACAACAGUUAGUGAGAACACGGAUAGGACGUACACAACUAAAAGCGUCCUGAUAUUUAAUCCCCAUAAAAAUGAAGAUGGUAUGUCUCUUUACUGUAAUGCAAGCAAUUUGGACUCGCGGAUUGCGACGAGUAGGAAACUUUUAUUGAAUGUGAGAUAUAAGCCAGAUACUACAAUUCUGAUAAACAACAACGAAAGUUAUAUCGACUACUACAUGAUCCGGAAUUCACUAACUAUUCAAAGUUUACAAUGUGACGUUCGUGGUGGUAAUCCGCAUGCAAAUUUGACGUGGAUGUGUUAUGAUGCAAAUCAAACGCAUUUCAACACGCUAAUGGGUGCUACUAGUGUAAUUAUUUGGAUGGCAGGGACGCAUGGAGACUCAGAAUGCACAUGCACAGCAUCACAUAUUCUUGGAUGGUCUGCUGAAAAGAGAGUAUCUAUACACGUAUUGUAUCCACCGUCUGAGCCGACCUGUGAGGUUGGAACGACGACAGUUAGUGGUGGACCCGUUAAUAUUACUAUAUUUUCAAACGUUACGAUGGAAUGCACAAGCGAUGCUUAUCCAGAACAAAGCACAUUUGUAUGGACGUUACCAAAAGGAACGGAUGUAGUUGGAAACGAAUUAUUUCUACUUAACUUUCAAAUGGAUAACGAGGGGAUAUACAAUUUGUAUAUUGAAAAUACAAUGACACCAAGCAAAGGAGACAAAAUUGACGGAAGAAGAAAUGUUUCAUUUUUCCUCCGUGUACAUCAUCCGCCAAAGAUAACAAACCUUAAAACGACUCUGAAAGUUCUUGAAGGUGUUAACUUCAAUUUAUCUUGUGACGCGGAACCUGGAAAUCCAAACUAUACAUUCUUUUCUUGGACUAGUAGCCACCAGCCUCAAAGAAAUACAACUGAUCAGCUACUCACCAUUAAUAACAUAUCUCGAACCGAUGCAGGGGUGUAUAUUUGUUUUGCUCGGAAUAUAAUGCACCCUACUGGAUUUCCGAUACAGACCGGAAGUGAUAAGAAAAACGUUACUAUUGAUGUUCAGUAUCCAGCUACCCUUCCAAUGUUCUACAGUUUUACGUGUACAAAUUACAGCUUUGUUAAUGGAGGAUCUAUUAAAGUUAUUCUCGGUGAAUCGUUGCGGAUAAACUGUUCUGCAGGCGGAAAUCCGUCACCAACAUAUUUCUGGUCUGAAGGAAUAAAAUCAAGCCAGCUUUACAUCGCAAACGUUUCAUUAAACCAUGCUUCUAAGUAUUUAUGCACUGCCAAUAAUACCAUGAACGAUUCAUACGGAAGCAGUGUUUCAUCAUCGAUGACGUCGAGUUUUUAUCUCGGUGUUUUGAAUCCACCCCAAAUAGCAGAUCUGAACACAACAAUUGAGGUCCUGGAAGGUGAAAACUUCAGUGUAAUUUGUUACGCAGAACCUGGAAAUCCAAAUGUCACAUCAUAUUCUUGGUCAAGUGAAAACCCUGAAAGAAAUACAUCUGAUAAAUACCUGAUCAUACAUGACAUAUCUCGAACCGAUGAAGGCAGAUUCACAUGUUCAGUUAAAAAUAUGAUGUACCCGACUGGGUGUCCACCAAAGAUAGGAAGUGAUGUCGAAAGCGUUUAUGUCGACGUCCAGUAUAAAGCGUCAAUAACGAGGUUUGCAGCUCAGGAGCUUUCUGUUUAUCAUGGUGACAAACUCGUGUUUGCGUGUGAAGUUGAUAGCGAUCCACCUGCUAAUAUCACCAUUUUAUCACCUACUGGAUCGUCGCUAAAAUAUGUUCAUGGAAUCAAUCAGUUUCAAUACAUCAAGACAAGUUCGUGCUUAGAAGACAUUGGGCAGUUCACUUGUGUCUCUGUAAACAAACACAAUCGUAAUCAACCAGACAGAAGUCAUGUCACAGUGGAUGUCAAAUGUCGACGCAUGCAUGCACACAUAUGUGCUCCUAUGUAUCCGACUGACUACAACCCAAUUACAACUAUGACAGUAAGACCUGGUGAAAAGGUAGUUUUUAAGAUAGAAAUAUUUUCGAAUCCUCCACCUACCAACAUAACAUGGACCAACAGUUCAAGCACUAUGCGGAUGCCAGAAACAACAACACCUAACAGAGUUAUUAUCAACACUACAGAUGACAUUUCAUCUUCGCUUAUUAUAACAAGCGUUGAACCCUGGGACUACGGUAAUUACUCAGUAAUGGUGGAGAACGAAAUCGGAAGCAUGAUCGAAACGUUUCUUAUUGUUGAAGACAGUAAGUGACGUUUAUGCAUAAUUACGUUAUUCUUUUACUUAAAUGUCAUCGACCUAA